AUGACAACCGCUUCAACCCCAGCUACUCCCGGUCCGUCCACACCAAGGGUCACGCGAGCGCUCGAAACAGAGCAUGCCAAGGUCGACGAUAUUCUGAAUAUUGAAAGGCCAGCAUCGACACCAUUCCCGCGCCAGAAGUCUUUAGGUGGAGAGAUUGUAGAGCGACAAAUCGAGCCGGAUAUUGUGGAACGAGUAGAGCCUUCGCCGAUUCAACAACAAGCUCCAGAUUCAGGCUCACCCUUGUGCGACCUUCCAGUGGAGAUACACGAAUGCAUUCUCGAUCACUUGUUCGGUUUCAGGACUGCGGCUGCUCUGCGAGUUAUACCGGGAAGGUCAAAGGUGCUUCGAGGUUGGGGCACCGCUUUAAGACAUUCGAGACGGCGUGAAGUUUCCGAGUUGGCUCUCGUGUCUGCUCCAUGGAGAAAUCUUAUCCAAGAACGAUUAUACAGACAUCUCAAAAUCAAGGGAACCACGGAUUCCAUUCAGCAGUCGUUGGAGUGGUUUUAUGCUCAUCCACAUUUGUGUGCGUAUGUGAAGCACAUCGAAAUAUGGUUUCCCGUAUUUCAACAGAAGAAGUUGCCUUUCGAUCGAAUCAUGCGGAUACCUCCGACACAUCCAGAUCGAUCUACCCUAAUUCGCUCACUUGCACAUCUCGGCGCAGAACCUCCGAAUCCUGUCACAUACCAAACCCCCGAUAAUAACUGCACCCUAUCAGAAAUCUUCCAGUUUGUUCGAAAUAUCUUCCCGGAAGCCUGUAUCUUGACUUUGGAAGGCGGAGAAAGAAAGAAACCUCCGCAAGUUCGGCAAUUUCGCCCGGACGAAACAAAACUACCUACCAUUGAUACCAUUCGGACUCUGGUCUGCAAGGGACAAUGGAAUCUUAUCCGUACGAAUGAGGAUUUCCAGAAUAUUGCUGCAGCAUUGCCGAAUCUGAAUGAAUGGCAUGGAUCCUAUGCCAAACCAAAGUCGAAGUCAUAUCUUUGUAUCGCGCAGAUUGCCCCUCGGAUACCACAGAAUAUCACACAUAUCAACCUAUGUCUUGAGAACGAUUACCGCAGAGAAGCUGUAUCGCCUGGUUUCUUCAGGAAAGUUGCACUGAAGACCCAUUUCUGCGAUGAAUUGGCCAAGUCAAUUCCGACUCUUGAGCAUUUGGCAUACACCGGAAGAGUUUGUCGUGGAUUUUUUGACACGGCGGCUAAACUCUCUAAUCCGCGUACCUCGAAAUUGAAGUGCAUAGAACUUAUUGUCAAGAAUUGCUGUCGCCCUACUCAGCAAUGGAAUGACGGAUCUGGUAUAAGUGAUAUGUCGUUCAUAUCCGCUUUCGAAGCAUUAGUAUUGGCGGGUGUACGAUCAUUAGACAAGCUAGCGGCCCUUGAGUACCUGAGGAUUAGAUUCAUAGAUCUUGAAUCUCAAGUCCCGCCACUCAACCCAUAUUUUGAACUCGAAAAUAACCGGUGCACAGGAAUUUGGAGUCCCAGCAUCGUUGAUGCAUUGGCAAGUAGUAGACCUACUGCAUCUUUUGUCGAAAAUGCAGAAAUCUUAGGUGAAUUAGAAGUGAAUAAGGAUGGACAAUUCACCACGCCUGCUACAUUCUCAAAGUUUCGACCACUCUCUAUAAAAGUUUCAAAUUAUCUUGCCCUUUCAGGUGGCAUCACAAUCACAUGA